AUGUUUCAUAAAUUAAAAAAAUUGUUGAGUAGCAGUUCAGACCAUGGAAGUCCAACUGCCACAUCAAAUGUUGCAACAUCAUCCACAGCCAAUACAGAUUUAGUUGAUUCAACACUUUCAACAGCAAACAACAAACAGAAAAAGACAAAGAAAGUUAAAUCUUUAUCAACUUCAUCUAGAACAUUGUCAUUUAGAAGAAAGUCAACUAUUUCCUCUUCAUCUCCUCCUUCUUCAAAGAGUGGUAUGCUAGCCAACAACAAUAGUAACAAUAGAAAGGAAAUAAGUCAGAGUUCAGAAUCACAACUUGAAAUAAUAGAAUCAGAAUCAAAUUCAAUUGGAAAUAUUAAUAAUAGUAGUUUGAAUAAUAAUAAUAAUAAUAAUAAUGAUAUAUUAAGAACAACUCUGACAACUUCAUUCAUUCCAACUGAAUUGGUACCGAUGAUGUUGGGAGAAUCCGGUAAUCUUGUGGAACGAGACGAACAAAGUUUGAGUAUUUCCAAUAAUGAUGGUGGUGAAGAAGAUGAAGACGAUCAAACAGAGAUUUCAAUUGUUGAUGAUAUAAAUAUUAAUAUUAGUUCAACAUCAAUACCAAAUAUAUCAACAACAACUACUACAACUACGACGACAACAACAUCAUCAACAUCAUCUUCAGUGAACAAUAAAUCAUUUAUAAGAACAGUUUCAUCACAAUUAUUUAGAAGAAAUCUAAAGGUUUCCGGAAGUAAAGUUGAUAGUUGUGAGCAACAACAAUCACAUCAACUACAACAUUGUCAGAACGAAGAGGAUGAGUUACCGGAUGAACAAAACUCUGAUUACGAUAGUAAUAGCGAUUAUAAUGAUAACGACGAUAACGACGAUGAGGAUAACGACGAUCAGGAAGAAGAGGCAUUCAUCAAGGCGCUACAGGAGGUCGAGAAUGAAAUUGAGGCUGCCAAUCAACAGAUGAACUUCAAGUGUUUGUCACCGACUGAGUUGGCACAGCAGCAACAACAGGAGAUCAAAGACAUUGCAGAGCUGCUGCAACUCUCGAAUCAAUCGGCAUUGGCAUUGCUCAAACACUUUAAUUGGCGUAGAGAACUGAUGCUCACCAAAUACUUUGAAUCACCGAAAGACAUAUGCAAGGAAGUCGGUAUCGAAAUGCCAAACAACAGUAACAAUCAAAGUCAAUCCAAUUCUCCACUUAUCAACAGCAGCGGCAACAACACUUCAAAUAGAUUGGCAAUAUUACAACAACAAUAUAUAUUAAAUGGAAAUAGUAGUAGUUUGGUUGGUAAUGAUGAACAUCAACAACAAUCAUCAUCAACAAUAUCAUAUUCAUUAGCAAACUCAACUCAAUUUGUAUCAACUUCAACGACAACAACAACAACAACUACAAAUAAUACUAACAUUCAACAAAGUUGUUCGAUUUGUGGUGAAGAAGGUAGUGCUGAUGAUAUGACAGCUGUGAAAUGUAAUCAUUAUUUCUGUAACGAUUGUUGGGGUGGUUAUCUGACAUCAAAGAUAACAGAGGGAGAAGCAUCCAUUAGAUGUCCAUACUAUAAGUGUGUCUGUGUUGUUGAUGAUUCAGUUGUUCAACGGCUAGUUGCACCUGUCACCUAUGAAAAGUAUCAGCAGUUUGCAACCCGUAAGUUCUUGGCUGGCAAUCAACAGCAUGUUCGUUGGUGUCCAACUCCCGGUUGUGACAAUGUCAUUACGCUCAUUAAAGACUCUGCUUCUACAGCGUUGGAAAUCGUUCAUUGUUCGUGUGGUCGCAAGUUUUGUUUCAAGUGUCACCGCGAGUCGCAUGCACCGGCCACAUGCGAACAGAUGGCACACUGGGAAACCAAGUGUCAAGACGAAUCGGAGACAUCUCACUGGAAGGUAGUCAAUUGCAAGCAGUGUCCGAAAUGCUCGGUCUCUGUCGAGAAGAACGGUGGAUGCAAUCACAUGAAUUGCCGACAGUGCCAGUACGAAUGGUGUUGGGUGUGUCUACGCUCGUGGAAAGGACACAACGACUUUUACGUAUGCAACCGAUUCCAAAAGGAGAAAGAAACGAAACGUAACCAUUUCCUCAAUCUCUUCCAAAAGCCAAUGUCAUCGUCCAAGAAGAAAGAGAAUGCCGAAAUCGAAGAGAAAGAAAGAAACAAGGUUGAACUACUUAGAUAUUUACAUUAUUACGAAAGAUUUAUCAAUCAUGAUAGUUCGAGAAAGUUGGAGAAGAUGAUAAGGGAGGAAGCGAAGCAGAAGAUGGAGGAGUUGGAAAAAUUGAAUUCGACGUGGGCAGAAGUACAGUUUAUAGAGAGAGGAGUCGAUCAGUUGCUAGAGUGUAGAAACGUUUUGAAGUACACUUAUGUUUUCGCUUUCUUUUCGUUUGCCAACGCGGUUACCCAGCCAAGAGUGGAGACUGCACGCGAACUCUUUGAAUUUCUACAGCAGGAUCUCGAGAAAACAACAGAGACUCUGGCAGAGUUGAUGGAAGAGGUACUCAAGAAAUCGGUUACUCAACUCGGAACUCAACAGAGAAUGGAUGUACUACCUCCAAUGACUGAUUCGACAAAGUUUCUAAUGGUUGACAAGAGUGAAUGA